AUGGCAGACCAGAACGAUCAAUCUCCCACCAACUCCACCUACAACCAACGACGUCGCUCAUCCUUUGUCGGUCAAGCAUUCAGCGACAUGUUCAACCGCAGCAGCCGCCCGUCCGAGUCUUCCGGCACCAGCCCUCCUGCUCAGGGCCCCAUUGCAACAGCUGCUGCUGAAGCCAGCCGCCGUCGUCUUUCAGUCAGUACCCUCGGUAUGGGUACUUCCCCCAACCAGGGCUCGCCUAUGUCGGCUAGAAUGCGAGGUGAGAGUGUUUCCAGCUCUACGGUCGACGAGUCGGCAAUCGACGACGAACCUUCUUCUGCCGCCCCUGCCAACAGCGGCCCCUUUGCUCGUAGAGUCAGCUUUGGAGCACGAGCUCUCAAGGACAUGAAGGGUGGUUCAGGAUCGGUGCCAGCAGGUAGGCCCACCGCCACCGUUACUAUACCAGAAGAAGAAGUCGUAGACGGGGAGAAGAAGACUUUGGCCCCGACCUCCUCCUCACUGGGUCGUCGAGGUUUGUGUCUUCUUCUGGUGCCGCCGGCGUGCUUCCACCUGCCUAAUCUUGAAUAUUUUGCUGACUUGUCUCUUUUUUUCCACNNAGAGGGUUUCAAUUGGGCCGACAAUAUGCGUUCCCGUGCUGAGAGAGGCUCCAUCUCAGGCAUGUCUGCCUCUCCUCCUACUGGUGGCUGGACUCAUGCUCGCUCCAAGAGCAUUGCCGUCAUGGACACUCCUGUCAGAGACAACCCCAGGCCAGUCAACGUCCCCGACCAAUUUCAAGAGAGAAUCCUCAAGGGUGAUUUUUACAUGGACUAA